AUGAAGCAUACAGUCCUUAAACCAGUAUCGAGACAUCAGCAGUGGUAUCAGUGUGAUCAUCAUGUCUUACAAAAUUUCCUUCCUCAUGCACAGAUUAUCGGUUAUUUCGCCACCUUACUGGCUGUCGCCCGUGCCGGGAUCAUUGGCCCAGGUGCAGCUGCAGUAGCAGUCGCGCAACAGCCAACUGCAACGAUUAUCAGAACCGAAAACUACAACUCUCGUCCUCGAUAUAGCUUCGGUUAUAGCGUGGCAGAUGGUCUCACUGGCGACAACAAGGCGCAGGAAGAAACUCGGGACGGCGACGUAGUUCAGGGAAGUUACAGCUUAAUCGAGCCCGACGGUGGCCGCCGCGUCGUCUCCUAUGCGGCCGAUCCCAUCAACGGUUUUAACGCGGUCGUGCAGCGGGACCCCAGCAUCACGGUAAAGACCGCCGCCGUUGCAGCUGCACCCAUUGUUGCGCCCUCCGUGAUCGCUGCAGCUGCGCCGGCCGCCGUUGCGGUUCGCCCACAGACGACCAUCUUUGGUGUUCCUCUGGUGAGGCAGCCGCUUGUCCCGGGAUCCGCGUUGGCCGCCACGAACGUUGUCGCCGCGAACUCGGGCCUGGUGAACUUGGGAGUGGACCUUGGAUCACUGGGAGUUAGAUCAGGAUCCCUCUCGCAGGCUGUCGUCGCGGACAGUUAUGGCAGCGACAGUAUCGUGAAAAUUCAUUAAACAAUAUCAACGUAGCUGUGCCUUGAUUAUGCUACUACUACUGGCCAUCCUUCACAAGUCGACGUUAUUCUGUCUGUCCUUAUGUGUCACGAUCUCCUUAUUCAUGUACCUUAUGUCGUACCACUUAGCCAUUUGUAAGCUGCAAUAGAUUCUAUUCUGAAAUAUACAUUAUAAAGAGAUAUUAUUCAUCAGUAUUACGUUAAACCAUGAGACAUUUAUAUAAUAUUUGCUUCAAAAUAAAGAUUUUUCCGGUACAGGUA